GAUAUUCUUAAAAAACCUAAGGGGGGUCUAAUCUCUUUAAGCAAACUCAGAUCUGUUUAUCUGCACAGAACCAUAACCAUACAAAAUCACCAAUAUCCAAAAACAAUGCCUUCUUCAGAGGUUAACCUAGAAAGUUUUUUAAUUCCACUGAAGGAGAUCAAGUUGGCAACGGCAGAUUUCAGUCAUGAAACUCAGAUCGGAAAUGGUAGACUCAGUGUGAUCUACAGAGGUCAGCUCUCAAAACGUUGGGAAAACCGCAUUGUUGCAAUCAAGCGAAUUAAUAAGGGUAGUAAACAAGGAGAACACGAGUUCCAUAACGAGCUCCAAAUGAUUUCUAUGUUUCACCAUCAAAGUAUCAUCCCUUUCGUUGGUUACUGUGAUGAAAGCAGUGAGAUCAUUAUUGUUUAUGAAUAUGUUGUCAGUGGUAGCCUUGAUCAUUGUCUUAAAGACGAGAUUAAUAGGCGUUGCAUAACAUGGGCACAACGCCUGAAGAUUUGCAUAGGGGCAGCAAGAGGACUUGGGUAUCUUCACUCGGGUAUAGGUGAGGGCAUCCCAGUAAUUCACAGAGCUGUGAAGAGCUCAAAUAUAUUACUAGAUGACAAUUUGGAAGCAAAAAUUUGUGGUUUUGGUUUGUCACAAUUUAGCAACAUAAAACAGCGAAAUACUCGAAACAAUGCAAAGGCUAUGGGUACCCGGUUUUAUAUGGAUCCCAUUAACCAUGGAAGUGGUGUAGUCAAGAUCGAGUCAGAUGUUUACUCAUUUGGGGUCGUAUUGUUUGAAAUGUUGAGUGGGAUGUUGGCUGAUUCUACAACGAGCAUCGAUGAUCAUAAGCCACAAACUCUGCUUAAUCUUGUCCGACGCUACUAUGAUGAUGGGGUGGAGAAGUUAACUGAUCCGUGUAUAAUAAAUCAGAUCAAUAGUCAAUCUUUACAGAUGUUUAAAGAAGUAGCAUAUAAGUGUAUCAGUUUCGUAGUGGAGGAUCGCCCUACGAUGGAUAUGAUAAUCAAGAAACUUGAGGAAGCAUUAGAUAUUCAAAACCACGGAGCUACUUCAACCACUAUCGCUCAAAGCUACCCAUAUCAAAAUUUAGAACGCUUUCUAAUUCCACUAACCGCAAUCAACUUGGCCACUAAUGAACUAAUGUUGUGUGGGAUGUUGGCUUAUAGUAAAAGGAGGAUUGGUGAUGAUCAGCCACAAACACUCCUAAAUUUGGUCAGACGCUACUAUAAUGAAGGACACGACAACUUAAUUGAUCCUCAAAUAAGAGGCCAAAUUAAUACUCACUCUUUUCAUGUGAUUAAAGAAAUUGCAUAUCGAUGCAUUAGUUUGAACCUAAAGGACCGCCCCACAAUGAACACGAUCAUCAACAGCAUUGAAGAAGCAUUAGAUAUUCAAAACCAUGGAGCAGUUUCUACAAUUACCCAACCCGACCAAAAAUCUCAAAACCUAGAAAGAUAUCUAAUUCCACUAAAAGAGAUCACUUUAGCAACCGCAUGCUUCAGCUCUGAAACUCGGAUCGGAGAUGGUGGAUUUGGUGUGUGCAUAAGUCACAAAUCGGAAGAACGCCCUACAAUGGAAACAAUCAUAGAAAGGAUUGAGGAUGCAAUGGAUUUUCAAGAACUUAAGAAGUGUAAAAAGAGGAAAACUUGAGACUUGCUAUUGUGGUUGCCUGGUUGGCAGGGUGUGUUGUAAUAUGUAUAAUGGCGAAGAGUAUCAAGUAAAACUUGGAUAAUCACUUGAAUUGUGUUACAAACAUUUUCCU